CUGCUUUGUGGCAAAGUGGAGGCCCAAAAGAGGAAGAGCAGAGAACUUUUGUCUUCCCCAGAGUUUAAUGAAGUUGGCCUGGUCACUCAAGAAAGGAUUAAAAGAGAAUUUAGUGUCACUGAUCUGUGGCUGCUGGAGAGGGAACUCGAGUGUUGGGGUCAGUGUGAGAGCAGCAUGGUCUCAGUCCAGAGCUGCACCAGGAGGAAUAUGGCUGGCUUCCCUCCCUCUUUACCGGGCUUCGGAAGCUCAGGAAAGAGCUUUCUUAUCGACAAUCUGCUGAAGUCCCAGGCGGCGUCGGGCCGCGCUGAAGGAGCGGCGAGUGGGCACCUGAGGCGGACAGUAUGCGAACGGCCGAAGAGAACCUGGGGUCAGCAAAGCCUGGCCCAGGCUCCCCAGCAGGUGAAAGACGCAGGGAGACAACUUCUGCCCGGUUCAGGUGUGCUGGGCAGAGUUUUCCUGCAGAGCCCGCAGUAUCUGCUGGCGUGCUGCGGUGGGUCCAGCCCCCCCCCCGUCUUCUCCAAGGGAGCAAACGUUCAAAUGUGGUCGGCCAAUGUAAGUCCUAAGUCGCGCAGAGGGAUCCUCAGGAGGGCUGUUUUCUCUGAAGAGCAAAGAAAGGAGCUGGAGAGAACUUUUCGGAGACAGAAGUACAUCAGCAAAACAGACAGGAACAAACUGGCUGCUGAUCUCAGUCUCAAAGAGUCACAGGUGAAGAUCUGGUUUCAAAACCGACGCAUGAAAUGGAGAAACUGCAAGGAGAAGGAAGUUCACCACAUCCGCUCCCCAAUGGAUGAGCUGAUGGCGAGGGGCCUUUCGCAAGAUGAAGAACCAUCACACAAUCACACCCGUGCGAAGGCAGAGAGCCCGCCAGCACAGAGGAGCACCGCGGACACAAAGGACUCACUGACCAGAUGACACCAAACCAGUGACUUUCUCCCAAUCACAAGACACUCAGAAGAGACUAUAGCAGGGUUCUAGAGAUGUUUGGAUGGAAUACAUUGUUCGUGUGUACUAACAGUGAUAAUAAUAUGUUUUCAGUACAUAUCUAUAUAUAUUUCAUUCAUGUAUUUACAUUCCACUGAUCUGAUUAACUGAAUUAUUUAGGAUUUCACUCACUUCGGUGAACAAUUUCACGGUUAUCACAAUGGCAAAUCUUUCUAAGAAAGAUUUCCACACUUCAGUUGUAAUUGCAAUCACUGAAAGGCCAAAAUGAGUCAUUUCAUUUACUGUAUUUUAAUGCAACUAUAAUGUAUAGGCGGUAUUUUGUUUGGGCUUUACACUAACACUAAUCUAAAAAUAUUUUUUAAAUUGUGUUGAAGGUACAUUUUAAUUGGUUCAUGUUGUAAAUAUAUUUUCUGAGACUUGGAUGCACAAAUCACUGUAA